UUUUAAUAUUAAGUACUGUUUUUAGGUAAUAACUUUAGUAUUUGUGAACGUUUUGAGUGCAAACGAAAUACAUACAUAUAAGGAAAAGUAAUUGAUGUUGCCCUGAUUUAAGUAGCAUCCUUUGUGAAGUGUAGAGAAAAUUGCUUUAUUUCAUCGAAAGGAAUCUAUGAAGGCUGCUUAAGUGAUUCUAAGUUAUAGAGUAAAAGAACAAAAUGGCGAUCCCACUAAUAGGCAAAAUAGUUAUAGUCUUUCUCUGUCUCGCGGUCGCGGGUGGUCUGUCCACCGUCAUUUACUUCGUCGUGACGGCGGACUCCGAUGACGUCACCACCGAGCAGCAAGAAGCCACCACGACCCCUGACCCUGGGGCCGAAGACACCUCGUAUUUGUAUGACGUCGGAGUCGGCAUAGCGGACAUGACUGGACCUUGCGUGGAGAUUACUUUUAUGGGCUACGCUGAGCUGGGCCAGAGAGGCCAGGGCAUCCACACGCGGCAGUUCUCGCGGGCCUUCAUCUUCUCCAAAGGAGACACCAGGGUGGUGCUGGUCACGGCUGAUGUUCAGGCCGUAGGCCUUGCUGUUAGGAGAGAGGUGGUGGCCAAUCUCCAAGAGUUAUACGGGGACAUGUAUACCCUUCGGAACGUGAUCCUAACUGGUACCCACACGCACAGCACUCCUGGAGGGUACCUGGUGGACUUCAUACUGGAUGUCAGCAUCCUGGGCUUCUCCAGUGAGACCUUCAAUGCAUACGUCAGCGGAAUUACGAGGAGUAUAGUUCGAGCCCACGAGAACAUGGUGCCAGCUAAACUUUUCUACGGUACCACGAGAGUUGCCAACGCACACAUGAACAGAUCUCCUUAUUCUUAUGAGUACAACCCACCAGAGGAAAUAGCAAGGUAUGAAAACAACACAGACGACACACUGACGCAACUGCGCAUCGUGAAACAAGAUGGCAACCUGCACGGCGUGCUGACGUGGUUCUCAGUCCACACCACCAGCCUGAACAUGACCAACCAGCUCAUAUCGUCCGACAACCUCGGCUACGCGGCCCUGAAGAUGGAGAGCAUCCUCAACCCCGGCACUCUUCCUGGCAAGGGCGACGUAGUGGCCGGUUUCUUUUCAUCCAUCCUAGGCGACGUGUCUCCCAACACGCGCGGCGCGGUCUGCGAGUUCAGUGGCAACGUCUGCGACAACCAGUUCCUGCUGUGUGACUCGGGCGAGAGGUGCUUCGCUUCGGGGCCUGGCGAGGAUAUGUAUGAGAGCGCGAAGAUUAUAGGGGACACUGUGCUGGAAGGCGCUUUGGAGGUACUGAGUUCACCUGGCGAGGAAUUGCGCGGCGAGCUAGCGGUGGUGCACCAGUUCGUGCAGCCAGCUAAUGAGACCGUGUCGCGCUACGACACCGUGGCUCGGGCCUUCGUCGACGAUGAUCAAGUGAGUGGGUGUUACCCAGCCAUGGGCUACAGCUUCGCGUCGGGGACCAUCGAUGGUGCUAACACAUUAAAUAUCACACAGGGCACGUUACAAGGAAACCCACUGUUGGACACGAUCGGUGAUAUCGUGGCGGAGGCCACGCCGGAAGACGAGGAGUGUCACGCGCCCAAACCCAUUCUGCUGGCCACCGGCCGGGCCAACUUCCCUAUCCCGUGGCACCCACACAUCAUCUCAGCAUCCGUCAUCUGGUUGGGAGGUCUGGCUGUCCUGGGCGUACCGGGCGAGCCUACUACAAUGGCCGGACGCCGUAUGCGAGCCGCUGUAGAAGACGAAAUGGAGAGGAACGGCAUAGAGCCGAGAGUGGUUGUGUCGGCGUUGACCAACGAGUACAUACACUAUGUGACCACUAAUGAGGAGUACCAGGUGCAACGAUACGAAGCAGCGUCGACUAUCUACGGACCUCACACUUUGGACAUAUUCAUCAACAAGUUUGUUCAGUUCACCAAAGCUGCCAUCGAGGGUUCCGACGUGGACGCCGGGCCGGAGCCAGAAGACAACCGCAACGGCACCAUCUCGCUCAUCCUGCCCGUGGUGGCAGACAGCGCCGGCUUCGGCCGCAGCUUCGGCCAGGUGCUGGACCAACCGCCGCCCACUGUGCAACGCGGGGACACCGUCACCGUCAGCUUUGUAGCGGCGAACCCCCGAAACGAUCUGAGACAGGAAUCCAGCCACUUUGAGGUGCAGAGGUUUGAGCUUGGCGCGUGGGCAGCCGUGGCCACUGACGCUAGCUGGGAGACUCGCUUCACCUGGGAGCGGCAAUCCACUCUACUAGCAACCAGUCGCGUCAUCAUCAACUGGACGGUACCAACCGACGCUGCCGCCGGCAGUUAUCGCGUGGAGUACUGGGGCACCGCGCGAGGCCUGCUCGGCGGCCUUUCGAACUUUACCGGCGUCACUGACACCUUUACUAUCAACGCUGCAUAAAAUAUAUUUAACGA